GCACCAAGUAUAGAUGAGAAAGUAGAUCUUCAUUUCAUCGCUUUAGUGAAUGUGGACGGCAUUCUGUAUGAACUAGACGGACGCAAGCCUUUCCCGAUAAACCAUGGCGAGUCCAAUGUCGACACCUUCCUAGAG